UUUCUGGAAAAGGGUGCCAAUGUAGACACAGCCCACCUGUCUUGGGAAGUAGUUACAAACUGUGCCUUAAUUCCCUUUUGAGCUUGGCUUCCUGCACCAUCCAACCCUUAGAUUUGUUUCAUCUUCAUUUUGGAGGGCAAAGGGAGCUAGACUAAUUUGUCAUCCGAUUACCCCUGUUCCUUUUGCGCCUGUCUGGAUUCUCCUUUUCCCGGCAGGCGACAGGACUGGGAGCGGUCACACGGCAAGAGAAUCUUCAAAGGCUGGCUGGAGAAGACCGGCCUGAGAUGUCUCCAAAACGAUCCAAAGGAAACGUGUCUCAGAAUCCGGAGCAGGGGAAGCCCCUUAAGAGUCAGGGCAGGCCAGAAGCCCAGCAGCCAGUCCCUUUGGAGGAGAGAGAAGGUAAAUAUGCCCACCGUGGGAGAGGCGUGAGGAAACGCAAAGACACCAUCGUCCGCCAGAGAACGUACGCCGGGGAGAGGCCCAACAUCUGCAUCGAGUGUGGGAAAAGCUUCAAGCAGAGCUCAGACCUGAGGCGAAUCCACACAGGAGAGAAGCCCUAUAAAUGCAUCGAUUGCGGGAAAAGCUUCAGCAUCAAUUCAAACCUCCUCCGGCACCAGAGGAGCCACACAGAGGAGACACCCCACCAGUGCUCUGACUGUGGGAAAAGCUUCACGGACAAGUCCACUCAGACCCAGCACCAGUGUGUCCAGACGGACGAAAGGCCCUACAAGUGCAUCGACUGCGGGAAAAGUUUCAGCCGUAGCUCCCGCCACAAGAAGCGCCUGAAAAGCCCCGCCGGGAAAAAGCAGGACACAUGCCCCCUAGAGGACAGAGCUGCUGCCGGGAAAGUCAAAAAACCCAAAGCAUCGAAGAAGAGAACUUCAGCCAUCGAGAUCCCCAACACGUGUGCCGAGUGCUGGCAGAGCUUCAGCCAGAACUCGGACCUGGUCAAACACAUGCGGAUCCACACGGGCGAGAAACCCUACGAGUGUCCCGACUGCGGGAAAAGAUUCAACGUCAGCUCCAACCUGAUCAGACACCAGAGGAUCCACACGGGGGAGAAACCCUACACGUGCUCUGACUGCGGGAAAAGCUUCACUGACAAAUCCACCCUCACCCAGCACCACCGGAUCCACACGGGCGAGAAGCCGUACGAGUGCAUUUACUGCGGGAAAAGCUUCAGCCGCAGCUCCCACCACAAGAGGCACCAGAGAACCCACACAGGGGAGAACCCCGUGUCCUUCCUGCCUUUAUGGCCCUACCCCACUCAAGCAUGCUAAGGGUCAGGGGAGGGGAGAAGAGGCCAUUCUGUGGCAGGGGGAGGUGGCUGGCAAAGAUGGGGGCUGUGUGCUUGUAGGCUCUGCGUUUUCGGGGUUAGUGGGGUGGUGAGCAGUGGGAGGUUGUGGCAGGGGUUGUUGGGGGAAGGGGUAGGUUCUUGGGAGAGCUGGUUGUUUUAGUGGUUGGGACUUUGGGAUGAUGAGCAAGGAGAACAGGCCGGCGGCUGGGGGUGGUGAGUAGCUGGUAGGACACAAGGGGCGUGUGUGUGUGUGUGUGUGUUGUUACGUUUUUACUCUUGGCCUGUGUAGGACAGGUUGUAGGUUUCCUUCCGUUUCCAUUAGGAUGAGUGCCUGUGCCCCAGAGUGCACCACUGGGACUAACACAGACUGGGCUCACGAGGGAACGUCUUGGCAGGGAGGCCUGGGUGCCGAGCAGGGUGCUAGAGGUGGCCCUGCCAGGGCAGGAGCAAGGCACAGCUUUGUCACCGUGCAUACCGAGGGCCUCUCGCCUGCCGGCGGCAGCACAUUCAGCGGUUCAUCAGGCUCCCGCUCUGGUUGUAUAGGAGUCUCGUUUCGACCUGACUGUGUCAGCAGCCCCGCUCCGUUACG